CUCUUUCAUUGACUGUCUGAGCUCUCACACACACAGAUCGGAUCUCUGCAGGAGCCGCUGAUUUCACGAUGGGUUGCUGAUGGGGUUGCUAUAGUGAUUUCUAUCAGCUCUGUGAUUGGCUCAUUGUGUUUUUGUGGCUGCGGUUGCGAUGGCGAAGAGUCCGGAGGUGAAGCUGGCGGUGUUUGGCAGAGCUGGAGUGGGCAAGUCAGCUCUUGUGGUGCGAUUCCUGACCAAGCGCUUCAUAUGGGAGUAUGACCCCACACUCGAGUCCACGUAUCGACAUCAAGCUAAUAUUGACGAUGAAACAGUCAGCAUGGAGAUUCUAGACACGGCUGGACAGGAGGAUGUCCUGCAGAAGGAGGGUCACAUGCGCUGGAGCGACGGCUUCAUCCUGGUGUAUGACAUCACAGACCGCGGGAGCUUCGAGGAUGUGGCUCCUCUCAAAGUUCUCCUGGACGAGGUGAAGAGACCCAAACACGUGCCGCUGGUGCUGCUGGGAAACAAGGCGGAUCUGGAACACGGCCGUCAGGUCGCCACGGAGGAGGGCGAGAGGCUCGCGGCGGACAUGGCCUGCGCGUUCUACGAGUGUUCGGCGUGCACGGAUCAGGUGGGCACGGGUGGAGGCGUGGCCGAGGCGUUCUAUGAGCUGUGUCGCGAGAUUCGCCGUAGACGCGCCAUACAGGGCAAAACUCGCCGCCGGAGCUCCACGACACACGUCAAACAAGCCAUCAACAAGAUGCUCACCAAGAUCAGCAGCUAGAGGGCUUUGACAGCUGAGAAGUUCAUUAGCGAUCAAUGAAAUGUUUUUAAGGGGUCAUAUCAAAUGUUCCUUCACAAUCAGACAGGAAAAGAUGUUUUAACAACUCGACGGUGAUUUAAAGUAAUAUAUAUAUGCAGAAGAUAAUGUGUCAUUUGUCAUGUUUACAUUCUGCAUUCAUGGCGCUAAUGCUAACGCUAAUGCUAACAUGCUAUAGGCUAUGUCAUCAUAAUAUGCAUCAGUUACUAUCGUUAUUGCAUGAUCUGAAAAUAAUUCACGUAUGAUGAUGAAACAGAUUUUUAAGAAAGACACCGAUUACAUUAAGAAGGUGUUUAACAGACAAAGUGUUCCUGAAAGUUCGUGCUAGCAAGCUGUUUUGAGUGCCGAUCACGUGGCGCAAUUUUGUUUGGUCCAGAUCAUCUCCGAUACAGUUCAAAGAAAUGUUGAUGUUUUUUCCAGGGGCUUUAAAUAAAAAAUGUCAUGUGGUGUAACCAUCCAGAGACCAUAAAAGAAAAUCAAAGUCUCGUUGAAAAACUCACGUUGGAGUGAUCAUAUUUACGAGUUGAACGCACAUGAACGGCACCACGAUUACGAGCGGGAAACUCAGGAUUUUGCAAGUACUCCCCCAUCAUUUAUACCAUGAUCAAUGUAAACAUGGGUUAAUGCUUCACACUACAACCCCCCAAUGUUCAAGCCAAAUCACACCCUUGGGUAGACCGAUAUAUCGGUUUUACCGAUUUAAUCAGUGCCGAUAGUUGCUUUCUGGAAUUAUCGGUAAUAUGCAGUAAUUUCUGCCGAUAGUUGCCGAUAUAUAUUUUUUUAUUCCCCAUUCAUAUCAAUUUAUAUUUAAUAAUAAUACAGGCUAGAGUCAGACCGAUUAAUCAGUGCUAAUGGUUGCUUUGUGGUACAAUCUUAAUCUGCAGAAAUCUCUGCCGAUAGUUUUUUAUUCCCCAAUAAUGUCUAUUUAUAUUUAAUAAUAAUAAUAAUAAACAGGCUAGAGGUAGAUUAAUUUUAAAAAAUUUUCUCCCCAAUUUGGAAUGCCCAACUCCCCUCGUGGUGGCGGAGGACGAAUCUCAGUUGCCUCCGUGUCUGAGACCGCCAAUUCACGCAUCUUAUCACGUGACUUGUUGAACGUGUUACCAUGGAGACGUAGCGCGUGUGGAGGCUUCAUGCUAUUCUCCGCGGCAUCCACGCACAACUCACCACACGCCCCACCGAGAGCGAGAACCACAUUAUAGUGACCACAAGGAGGUUACCCCAUGUGACUCUACCCUCCCUAGCAACCGUGCCAAUUUGGUUACCCCAUGUGACUCUACCCUCCCUAGCAACCGUGCCAAUUUGGUUACCCCAUGUGACUCUACCCUCCCUAGCAACCGUGCCAAUUUGGUUACCCCAUGUGACUCUACCCUCCCUAGCAACCGUGCCAAUUUGGUUACCCCAUGUGACUCUACCCUCCCUAGCAACCGGGCGAAUUUGGUUGCUAAGGAGACCUGGCUGGAAUCACUCAGCACACCCUGGAUUCAAACUCACGACUCAAGGUGUGAUAGUGUCAAUACUCGCUGAGAUACACAGAGCCCCGAUUAUUAUUAGAUUUAAAAAAAAAUCUACUUUGGACAACCAUAUUUGCCAACGACCUUUGAACCACCAAACUGAAAAACACCUUCUUAUUGGCCAGAUUUUGUUCGAAAUUACAUCACACCCGUUUUCAAUGAGAUUUUGUUAGAUGUAUUGCCGCCUUCAAGAGUUAAAUGUGGUGACGUGAGUAAAAGCUUGCACUGUUUGUGUGUGUAAUAACGUUAUUAACAUUAUAAAUGGACCUCAGGGAAAGAAAGUAAAGAAAAACGAUGAUAUGACCCUUUAAAGUUCUGACAGCAGCGUUACAUAACCUGCACAGUGUGCCUCAUGCUUCAUUGUUUGGAUGCAGGAUGACGGUGUGUGUUCAUAUGGUCCUGCACUGUGUGUACUCUCAAUGUGUUUCCAUGGUUUGAGGCCUCGAGUUGUAUAUUUGUUCUCGCAGCUGUAUGGAAUGAUUCUGUGAAAUGUCAACAGUGAUAUCAGCGUCACAGAUCUCUGCGCUGCAGUCGGUCCUCAUUCAACACAUGUUGACUUCAGAGAAACAUUUCAAGCAGAAACAUCGGCCGUCCAAUAAACCGCUAUCAUCAUUCAUAAUCAUGCAUUAUAACAUCAAACACAGAUGCCUGAUGCUGGAAUGUCUGUCUGCGUUUGUCUGCGUGUUGUUACAGAUGUUAUCUCAUGUAAGAACUCUCCUCUCAUUGGCUCAGAGAAUCUGAGGGCCGUCAGGGGCCAACACGGUCCCAUUACUCGCCAACACCUGUAAACAAAUGUAUAUUUCUCCCUGUAUGACUAAAAGACUUCUAUGUGUACAGUAUAUAUGUUUCUGUACAGCGUGUGAUACUGUAGAAGGUUUUCUGAGCACACCGACUCUGUGCAAUAAAGAACGUGUGUGAAUGAUUAUGA